CAAAAUACCAUUGACACAAUUGUCACAAUUUCAAGAUCAAUUCAAGGAAUCCCGCUGAUAUAUUUUAAAAUCAGGCGAUAACUUUUACCAAUCCAAUCACACAUCAAGCUAAAACGGAGCCCGCAGUGAAAACACACGUGUGACAAUAUUGGGAAUUAGAACGCAAGCGCUACUAAUCAAUCGUCUCAUUCAUAUUCAAAUUUCAAAGUAGUCUCUCCUAAACUUGCAGCAGGUUAAUAAGUCUGAUAUAAUAAUAAUAAUGAGUGUGUGAGGCUCGCUGCUGAUAGUGAGGCCAUCAGUGGGAAAGUCGGUGCUGGUUUUUGAAUUGGGGCAGUGAGAAAAUAUGUGGUGAAAAGUGGAGCUGGAGACUAGGUUGAUAGAUUUUAUUUUACUCAUAAUUCAUCAAUAAAAUAAUACAAUGAGGAGAAGACUGGAACAGGGAGCAGGUGACUGUGUACAAACUGAAACCCUGACUAAUGUGGACUCUUUGAAAACUCAAAGAAUUUUUACUCAGGAACCAAAGAAGGACCAAACAAAAAUCCUAAAUGGAUUCAAGAAUAGCUCAUCUGCAAAUGGAUAUGUUAUGACAUCUUCCGAUGAGGAAACCACAAAAAGAAAACGAAAUGGACUUCAAAAUGGGUACCACAUAGCUACAGAGAAAACCAAAGAGCCAAAAACUAGACAAAUAAGAGAGUCCUUUGAACCACCCAGACUGGUCACUUCAGCACUCACUAAGAUCAGUUUCUACAUCCUCAUGCUCCUCGGGUAUCUCAGCCAAGCACUCUUCCCUCCCAAGAUCGUCAAAGAAAAGAACAGAGAGGGGUACAUGCCUCUCUUCGACAGAUUUUCAGCAUUCUAUUCUCGGUACGUGUACAGAAGGGUGAGGGACUGCUGGAACUACCCUAUUUGCAGUGUGCCAGGUCACGAAGUGGUUCUGAAAGAUAGGAUUACCAGAGAUAACGGAUGGACCUUUGAAUUCACAGGGACGAAGACGAAAUGCCUGAACCUGGCAUCGUACAACUAUCUGGGCUUUGCCGAGGCGACCGGCCCAUGUGCAGAAGCAGCAAUAUCCGCCAUCUACAAGCACGGUAUCAGCACAGGUAGCCCUAGACGGCAACAUGGCACGUGUGAUUUGCACGAUGAACUCGAAAAGUUGACUGCCGAAUUCCUGGGGGUAGAGGACGCCAUCACGUUCGGCAUGGGGUUCGCCACCAACGCCCUAAAUAUCCCGACGUUCCUGUCGCCUGGCUGUCUCGUGCUCAGCGACGAGAAGAAUCACGCCAGCCUCAUUGUGGGCAUCAAGCUGCCCGGCGCUACCGUCAAAGUAUUCAAACACAAUAACGUGAGCCACCUGGAGAAACUCCUCAAGGAGGCCGUCUACCACGGCCAGCCUGGCGAAACUCACAAGCCAUGGAAGAAGAUCGUGAUCUUCGUCGAGGGCGUGUACAGUAUGGAGGGCACGGUGUGCCGGCUGCCCGAGAUCAUCGCUCUCAAGAAGAAGUACAAGGCGUACCUCUAUUUGGACGAGGCGCACAGCGUCGGCGCGAUGGGCAAGCGAGGCAGAGGCGUUGUCGACUACUUCGAUUGCGAUCCGCGAGACAUCGACAUCCUGAUGGGCACGUUCACAAAGAGCUUCGGUGCCGCCGGAGGCUACAUCGCAGGGAGUAAGGAGUUCAUAACCUUCUUGCGACGCCACAGCUACGCCUCCCGCCACGCGUGGGCCAUGUCGCCGCCCGUGGCCGCCCAAAUCAUCUCAGUAUUAAACAUCCUCAUGGGCAGAGACGGCACCGACGAGGGCCAGAAGAGGAUCGAGCGGCUGGCGAGGAACACCCGGUACUUCAGGAUGCGGCUCGAGCAGAUGGGCGUCAUCAUACACGGCAACGAGGACUCGCCUGUGGUGCCCAUUCUGGUUUAUUUGUACUCCAAGAUCGCGGCCAUGGUGAGAACUUUGAUCAAAGAGAAAAUAGCUACGGUUGGGGUGGGUUAUCCGGCCACCCCUCUCACGCAGGGCCGGAUCAGGAUUUGUUUGUCAGCCGGCCACACCAAAGAACAACUAGAUUACGCUUUAGAGGUUAUCGAGAAGGUGGCAGACGAAAUAGGCUUGAAGUAUUCUCGGAAAGCCAGAGAUCUAGCGCCAAUCGUUUAUGAUGAAAUCAAAAUAUAUCAAGAUGCAUAAUCAUUGUCUUUAGAUGAUAGCUUGAUAUGUCGCUCUAGGAAAUCUUGUUGUUUUUGUAAAUUUUAUAAAGCAUUCGUAUUUUUAUGGCUUAUUUAUUUAUUAUGUUUACUUUUAUUACACUGCAGAAUAUAGAAGUAUACAUACU